AUGGCGAAAAGAAAAGAGAGAAACAUGUCAUCCUCAGCAGCAGAAGCUGUAGCCAAUAUCGAAGAGCUCCUUACUCAGAUCCUUGUGUCGCUGCCAUUACGAUCACUUGCUCGUUUCAAGUGCGUCUCCACGCAUUGGCUCUCUCUCAUCUCCGACCUCCGCACCCUCAAAAACCCCAAGAUAUUGGCUUUCUUCUCUAGCAAAAUCCAAGACAAGUGCUUCAAGUCCAUUCCUCUUGGUAACCAUGAAAUCUCACCUGGGUGGAAUCCCUUCAAAACCCUUAACAAUUCCGUCCCUGAUGGAUCCAAGUUGAGGAUUCUUCAGUCCUGCAAUGGCCUCUUUCUCUGCCAUAUUCCUAUAUUUGGAGAACAAAGGAAACAUCAUCCCGUAUAUGUUGUUAAUCCAACAACCAACCAAUUCCGGGCUGUUUCCUCUCCAAGGGUUGGGGAAUAUAUGGACAGAUUAGCUUUUGUACGGUAUGCUUUGGCUUUUGACCCUUCCAAAUCACCUCAUUACAAGGUGAUCUGUGUGACUAACUCGGUGCCCACCAUUUAUCAUUAUGUGGAACGGGAAGGCGAGCACCACAAAAUAGACAUAUAUUCGUCUGAGACUGAAAACUGGAAGCAUCUAAAUAUUCCUUUCUUCCAAAGCCCCUCUGACAGGCACAGGCACUAUAGUUUAAAGAUGGUGGCCAUGCACUUUGAUCGCAGGAGCAGGGAAGGCGCCAUAUACUGCAACGGCGCAGUUCAUUGGAUAAGAGAGACAGGGGAAGCAAGAUUUUCAUUCUGCUUCUUACCAGGUGGCCAAGAACGUCUGCUGCUCUUGUCCACUACCCCUCCUGUCCCCUUGGUUGUCAAAAACAUUUCGCAGGAUUCUGGUCCAUGGCCCACUGAAUGGCCGAGAUUGGCUCAAAGAUAUUUUGGGGAGUCCGGUGGCCAUUUGUAUUUGAUUGAGACUUAUAAGAAUUGCAAGACCCAAUUUGAUGUGAUGGAGAUGGAGAGGGACUACUCUGGCUGGUUUGUCAAGUAUCAUGUUGAUCUUCAUUCGGUAUUCACAGCUCUUCCUGAUCCGAAUGAUUUUGUCAUCUUGUGCCUCUCUCAAGAGAAGGAAAAACAUAAAGAGGAGGAUUCUUCAGCUGAUCUUUUGUUGUAUAUGCCAGAUAAGGUCAUAUCUUAUAAUCCGAGGAAUAAGACCUUCAAGGCAUCUGUUGUGGAGUUGGCCAAUGAAGAACUUCUUGCUAUGGAUGGUCGAUUCUAUAGGGAUGAGGUUGUUAUGUAUCCUUACAUGGAGGGUUUAGCUUGUGUGGAACGAUAG